GAGGGACCAGCUGCUUCUUCUCGCUUCUUGACUCAGACUUGCCUCAUGUUGUUGUAUUUAGUUUCUCUUAUUUUGUAUUUUUGUUACAGUUUUCUUUAUUAUUCAAGCUUAGUUUACAUUUAUGUGAGCCACUUAUUUUCCUCAAAGAAAAAGAAACUCUGCUGAAGAAUGGCGGAAUAUCCUAAACUUGGGUGAGUGAGGGGAUAUUAUUCCCAGUGUGCCAGGAGGAUUGAAUAUGUUAAUCAUCUCCCCACUUCCACAGCAAUAUUAGAGGAGGAUUCUAUUAGAAAAUUGUGGGAAAGUCACAAAGUCACAUCUGGGGAGACGAUUCGAGUAAGGAUGGAAUGGUGAUGCUAAGAAGCCAUUACUCAGUGACAAUGGCCUGAAAUUGAGAAAGUAAAGGCAACUCACCUCAGUGGGAUCAUGCAGCCCAAUCCAAACCCGACUUUUCUUUUUCUGGUUUGCAGAGAUGUAAUAGGCCACCACAUCUGACUCUUUCUCAUUGAGGAUGGAGGCAAGAUGGGUCCCACAGCCAAAGCUCAGGCACUCAUUCUGAGAAUAGCCAAGCAAUUAAUAAGCUCCACCACUAUUACUAACACACAAACACACACACACACACACACACAGAGAGAGACUCUUUCCCACAAAGCUUUCCCAGAGUGGUUCAGAACUUGUCAAAUAAAUAAUAACAAUUGUCAGGGGUUCAGGGACAGAGGCACAGGGUAGGGAGGAGAUGGAGAGCGAUGGGGAUGAAUCCCAGGACAGCGAGGAAGAGGAUGACAAUGACUCAAGAGAUUCCAUGAGUCUUUCCAGCGAAUCAGAGGAUUCCCAGAAGGGGGCGCCAGUGGUCAAGGCCAGGGGAGCCCCAGGGGGGACGUGUCAGGAACAGGGGGCCAGCGGGGGAUCCCAAAGUGGCAGCUGGGCGUCAGGACCAACCUCCCCGCCAGAGUGCAGCGAAGGGGGUGGAGGUUCCAGUGUAUCAGGGGAAGGAGCUCCGGCAGCAGAGAAGGGAGGGAGGUCGGAGCAAGCCACCCUCCCGGAAGGGGAGGGGAGUAGUGAAGGGAGUAGUGUAACUGUCAAAAGGAAAGUUAGAGGUUGGGCGCGCGCGCCAAGUUCAAAUGUAGAGGCGCGCGGAAGUACAGGGAGCCCGGAGGAAGAGCCAGGUCCUAAAGCCCGCAGGAGGGGGGAAGAGCAGUCGGGGGAUAGCGCGUCAGGGGAAUCCAGGAGGGCGAAACCCCAGCGGGCAGGAAGACCCUGAGGAAAAGGAAAGAGAGAAAGAGGUGGAGCAGCGCAAGGCUCUUAAACUGGUGCAGGGGAGGGACUGACUCAGAGGGGACUUCAACGGUCUAAGCGUACAGACGUGGGGCUGCGCGCCUCGGAUAUGAAGCAAACAAUGAACUGCAAUAAACACUUUUGUAUAUAAGAAGAGAUUGGCGUUGGUCUUUUGUGAGCUGAGACCUGAGGCAGCCUUGACAACAAUUAUUCAAAAAUCAUAAAACACCAGUGGUGGAGAGUUGGAAGUUUUUCAAAUGGGAACUAAAGCAGCUGAGGAAGGAAGAGAGAAAAGGGGGUGAAGAAAAUGCUGUGAGUGGAGCCAGGCCCCUUUCUCCAUCCUCUGGACCUGCUGGGAAACUAAAGAAACCUGCUGGACCUGCUGCACACGAGUGCAAUUAAAGGUGCUUCAAGCACUCAAUCUUGGUGCAAGAAAACCACCUUGAAGCUCAUACACAAAAACUGGGAUGAAUGCAGGAAGAAUGCUCAUAGUCAUGAUUUGGCUGCACUCUUUUCAGAAGCGGGUGGCGCUGUGGGUUAAACCACAGAGCCUAGGACUUGCCAAUCAGAAGGUCAGCGGUUCGAAUCUCCGCAACGGGGUGAGCUCCUGUUGCUUGGUCCCUGCUCCUGCCAACCUAGCAGUUCGAAAGCCCGUCAAAGUGCAAGUAGAUAAGUAAGGACUGCUCCGGCGGGAAGGUAAACGGCGUUUCCGUGCGCUGCUCUGGUUCGCCAGAAGCGCUUAGUCAUGCUGGCCACAUGACCCGGAGGCUGUCUGCAGACAAACGCCGGCUCCCUCGGCCUAUAGAGCGAGAUGAGCGCGCAACCCCAGAGUCGGUCACGACUGGACCUACUGGUCAGGGGUCCCUUUACCUUUAUGCAGGCAUGUGGAAUGUUGACCUGUGUUUUAAUCUGGUUUUGUAGCUUAUCCUUGAAUUUAACUAUUAUCUUAAUGUUUGAAAUAGUUGUUCUUAACUGUAUAUAGCUGGGUGAUGUCAGGUUUUCAACACCAUGAUGUAUCACCAGCCAAACAUCACAAUCUGGCGAUACACCAUGAUGUUGAAACAACAAUCUGUAUUGGCCCCAGCCCUCAAGGCAUGGGGUGAAACGGCCACAGCUCUCAUUGCAAGAGAUGAGGCACUUUCAUCCCAACACCCUGCAGAGCUGAGGAUGACACAGCUUGUUUGCGGUUCUUGGCUUGGGGGUGGGAAGGCUCCACUCCCCCCCCCCCAGCUGAGUGAGCCCUGAGGUCCCUCCUGCUCACAUGCAAGCUGGAGGGACAAAGGGGCAGAGAUAGCUUGUAUCUUUUCACUUGUGAGAUGGUACCUUCUUGCCAGGCCAUCUCUCCUGACUGUUAAUUAAGCUUUCUUGGCUCCUGUGGAAACAGGUUAAUUGAACACAAUGGGUGAGCAGCUCUCUUUUGAUUAUACCAAGAUGAUGGCCAGGUAUUGUCUCCCAACAGCUCACACUGAUAGCCCUCCUCACAAAAAUGUCAUCUGAAACCCAUCACAGCACCUGAUGUGACAGCUUGGUUGGUGAGAAACAGCUUCUUACCUCAGCUUCAGACCAAGUUUUCUGAGAGUCAAAAUAUGCAUAGCAGCUGCCCUGGGAUUUCAGCCAAUUCCUGGGACAGGAUCUGGCCUUUACUGUAUGGAGAGAGGAGUAAAAGAAGAAAAAGAUGGGGAGGGGGACAAAAACUGUUAGAAUGCAAUUUUCAAUGUGGAAUCCUACUUCACCUACAAAUUUGCACAGAUAAUUUUAAGAUUAAUGAAUGCAGACCUAAUUUAAACAUUCCUGCUUCCAUUGGUGACUGGUACCCCAUGGCACCGAUAUGAAAUUGGGACAGAAAGCAGGGAGGCAAACAGUAAGUGGAUCCAGAGUCCAUGACAGGCAGCGCCACUCCCUGACUGGUUGUCAAUAUGAAUAUGAGGAGUGGUUCAGAGCAGACUGAGGUUGGUAGGGAAGUUUCCUAUUCACCCUAAUGGACCUGCUUCCAUUGCCUGGUUAUUUAUUCCAACAGCCUUAGCUGGGUUACCAUCACCUGGAAAUCUGAGAAGUAGUUUUGUUUUUAUAAAUGCUUAACCCCAAUUAAAAUUUCUGGGGAAUUUCCAGAUAAUUGUUAAAGCACUCACCUGCUGGGAAUGAAUAGGAGACCAGGAAACCAAGAAGGCAAAGGUAGGUGACAACCCCCAUCUUCUGGGUGACCUUUAGUGGAAGGAAAUGUGCAGCAAAUUAAAAACCUAUCCUUACUUAUUGGCAUUGUAAAUGUGGGGAUAGCAGGACGAAGUAAAUCGGUAUUUUCUGUUCUUAAAAUCAUAAAUGGGAAGAUUAGAGAAAGAAGAGAGAACCCAAAACUUAAAGUUGGCGAUUGGUGAAGUAUCAUGGAGUCAAAUAAGGUUUGUGUGCAGAGGCACCUAGUGCUGACCAUGUUCCAUCUUCUGGUUGACCUUUUAUGGAAGGUCAAAACCUAUCCCCACUGAUUGCCAUUUCGUCCAUGCGGUGAUGGCAGGAAAAAAUAAAAUAGUAUUUUAUACUCUUAACAUCACAAUUCUCCUUCAUGUGAAUUUCUAAAAAAUGAGAAGAGAAGGAAAAGAAUGGAGAAAAACGAGAAGGUUAGGGAAAGAAGGGAGAACCUAAAGAGUUUGCCAUUGUUGAGGAAUCACAGAUCCUGGAUUCUGGACCAGUGGAGGCUGGUGUCCAUUGGGACUGGUAGGAUUUGUAGGGCAGAAGGAAGUAAAACCAAUGGUAAGUGGCGGCAGAGUCAAUGACAGGCAGAGCCAAGCAAUUCUGGCUUUGUUCUCUUUCCCCUCCAGGGACAACAGGUAGAAGGAAGGGACAGAUGUAAGAAAGAACACACAACACUGGGACUUUCUGAGGGCAGGUGGAGCUUUGUGGGGCUGUGCCCCAUUCGUCCUAGCAUACCUGCCUCCACUGUUUCUAGACCAGGGAUGCUAACUUGAAUAAAAUAUUGAGGCAAGUAAGCCCCGCUCCCAUCAUUGAUCACAAGACGCAGCACACAGACACCAUUUGAAUGGCAGUGCCCAUCAACUGGGGGAGGGCUGGCCCCUUCAAAUAUUUUAUGGGAAGUGAAGGGGCCUCAGCUCCUAGCAGUUGGCUCCGAUGUUCUAGACUAAAGCAGUAUUAACAUUUAUGGAAAGCCUUUUAGUUGUUAAUCUGUUGCUCUUGUCCCUCUUUUGUUUUAUGGGAAGAACAAUACAGUGGUACCUCGGGUUAAGUACUUAAUUCGUUCCGGAGCUCUGUUCUUAACCUGAAACCGUUCUUAACCUGAAGCACCACUUUAGCUAAUGGGGCCUCCUACUGCUGCUGCAUCGCCAGAGCACAAUUCCUGUUCUCAUCCUGAAGCAAAGUUCUUAACCUGAAGCACGAUUUCUGGGUUAGUGGAGUCUGUAACCUGAAGCGUAUGUAACUUGAAGCGUAUGUAACCUGAGGUACCACUGUAAUAACCCUCAGGUUGGUGGGCUGCCUUAAGAAAGUUAAGAAGGAGUGGAGGUGCCUCUAUGUCAGGCUGCUGUCAGUGGCUCCCAGCUAGUUGCCCAGAAAAGUAUAAAGGCAAGGAAAAGUUUCUUACAGUCAUUUUUAUUUCAAACUUUACAGAGAGAGCCUCUUGGAUAAUGGAGUUGUCCUGAAUGAAUCUCCACCUCCUUCUCUCCCACUUCCUCAUUCAUCAUCAUCUUCUUCUUCUCUACAGGUGCCACUAAGUGUCCUCUGUCCUUUGAGCUCUUUGUUCUCCCACUUUUAAGGCCUGCCUGGUUCUGGGAGGUGGUGGAUCUGGACUGCUGUCUAAUGACAACGUGUCAGCCAGCUACUGCUCUGGCUCUGCCUGCUCCUCUUCUCCCAUUAUUUCCCAACUUUCCCCCUCUGGCUCGGAGCUCUGACCUCCCACAAACCACUAUUGGAAAUCUAUAUUGUCUCCCUCCUCCUCCUCCUCCCUGGAAGGGACAGGAUGGGAAGGUGGUCUCCACCCCUCCUCCUCCUUUGCCCAGUCCCUGACACUCUAUUCUGGAAGAGAAGAUCUUUGUUGGCAGAAGGGAACAGGGAGCUCAGGGAGCAAAAGGUAAUUCCCUGGUGGUAGCCCCAGAAACAGGCAAAGGAAGGACAGAGAUUGCUUUGGAUUUACUUGAUCCAGUCUUAUUGAUACAUGCAAGAGGCCCCAGGGGCGGGACAUCAUCAGCACCUGCCUGCAAAUGGUGUAACUAAUUCUCCCCUCCAUUGGAGCCAAUGAAGGGCAACAACGUACAAGUUAAUAGUUAGCAAAUGGUCAGGAAAAUGGAAUAAACUGCCUUGGGAAUGCAGUCAUACACAGAACAACUGUGUCUCAGGCUGCUGGGCUCAUUCUUAUACAGAGCUGGGCUAGGGCAGGGCAUGGAAAGGCAGGAAGAAAGAUGAACCAUUUACCCAUAUAUGGACUGGUCGAAUGAACAAUGCAGCAUCCCAGGCCUUCUCAGUGGUCACUGCUAGGAUAUAGUUCCGUUCCACCUUUAGAACAGGCAUGUAGAGUUGUUGUAUGUCACAUGUCAGUUUACUUCCAGCACAGUCUGCUGGGAACUUCCCUUGUAUAUAGCUUUUGCCUGUGCUGUUUGCUUGGACACAAAGGGAAGCAGACAUGUUUUUUCCUUUGUCCUGAUGCUGAAUAAAUGCUUGUAAAUAUGCUUACAUAUUCCUCUGUCCGCUACUUCUGUUGCAAAGAGUUCUUAUCUCUGCUAGCUUGCCCUUAUUAUUAUUAACUCCUGGAACCUCACACUGCUUGGAGAGUAGAGUGGUGUGCAACAAUUUUAAGCCUGAACUGUUUGCGGCUACUUUUCCUGAGGCAUCAAUGCUCAGUGCAUAGAUUGGAAAACACCUAUGGCUUUUUAAAAUAACUUUUAUUAAAACAACAACAACAACCAGAAGCUUUUUUAUUAGGAAUUGUAGGUGCUGAUAUUUCAAAGGAGCAGGAAAGACUUUUUAUGUAUGCAACAACAGCCACACGGAUGCUAUUAGCCCAGAGAUGGUAAGAAGACAGUCCCUACCAGAGAAGAAUGGCAAAACUGACCAGAAAGCUCAGGAACUAAGAAUACCAAAACUUCAAUAAAGAAUGGAGGGGAAUUUUAAUUUACUUGAGAGACCACUGUAAGCAGAUAAAAACAUUAGCAGGAUUACAAUAACACUUGUAAUGUAGAAGAUAUUAUGGAUAAAAUGGAGAGACCUAAAAAGCAGAGACAUCACCUUGCCAACAAAGGUCUGUAUAGUUAAAGCUAUGGUUUUCCCAGUAGUGAUGUAUGGAAGUGAGAGCUGGACCAUAAAGAAGGCUGAUUGCCGAAGAAUUGAUGCUUUUGAAUUAUGGUGCUGGAGGAGACUCUUGAGAGUCCCAUGGACUGCCAGAAGAUCAGACCUAUCCAUUCUGAAGGAAAUCAGCCCUGAGUGCUCACUGGAAGGACAGAUCCUGAAGCUGAGGCUUCAAUACUUUGGCCACCUCAUGAGAAGAGAAGAGUCCCUAGAAAAGACCCUGAUGUUGGGAAAGAUGGAGGGCACACGGAGAAGGGGACGACAGAGGACAAGAUGGUUGGACAGUGUUCUCGAAGCUACAAACAUGAGUCUGACCAAACUGCAGGAGGCAGUGGAAGACAGGAGUGCCUGGCGUGCUCUGGUCCAUGGGGUCACGAAGAGUCGGACACGACUAAACGACUAAACAACAACAACGAGUGUGUAGAAAAUAACCUACAACACAAAGAUAAGAUUUUUAUUUGUUGCUAUGCCCACUGCUGGCAAGGAGCCCCUGGAAGCUUGAACAGAAGGAACGGUGGCCCCCUAGGCUGAUAAAACACCCCCUCCCCACUCCUGGUCUAAAAUGUAAAUACCCCCCACUUCCAGUCUUGACUUUAUUGUCUCUGAUGCGGCAUGCAAAAAUAAAAAUAAAAAUGUCAGUCCAUUUGUUUUCAUAAAUAGAGAAAUUGGUGUUAAAAGCCUGGUUUUGUGAAUGAAAUGAACCAAGCACAGCACUUAUUUGUGGAAAUGCAACUUUUCAUAUUUGUAUACUGAUCAACAUUCUUGAUGAUUCCCCAACCAACACAGAAUUCAAUCCUUGCUUUCUGCUGCCACCUAGUGACAAAGAAACGUUAGAGGCACCCUGUUCAUUUUCUUGCUUUCUACGGCUUCUUCAUCUCUGUGCGAGAGCAAGCAUUGUUGCUAUACCAGGAUGGCUUCAGGGAGACAUUACCAAACUCUCAUCUUGCUUAUCUUACUGAGAUACUAGAACUUUAAAGUAAAGAUUACUUUAAAACUGGAAACUGGGGCUUUCUCCUUCUCCAUGCCUCUUACCCAGCUCAAAAUUCAUUUUCUUCCACCCACAAUCCAAAUUUAAUCCCACCGCUUUUCUCUGUCUCUCCCCAUCCCUACAAAGGACAGUAGUUCAGUGGCAGAGCAUGUGUCUUCCAUGCAGAAGGUUCUGGGUUCAAUUCCUGGCAUCUCCAGUUAGGACUGGGAAAGACAACACAUCACUGGAAAUGUUGCUGUCUGUUGCAUUUGUGUUCUUUUGGCUAAAGGCAGAACAGAAAAACACAAUGGUCCCCCUAGGGGUUCCCAAAUGGUGGUCCUUGAUUGGUGAGCUUCAUUCAGGUGGUCUGCAAAUGUAGGCACCAUCAUUUGAGCAAAGGGUAAUAAUGGCCCUUUAAAACCUCCCAGCAACAACGACAAUAAAAAACCUUCCAAGGCUCUGUUGCUUCAGGUUUAUCAUUUGGCAGGCUUUACUGACAUUGCUGUUAUCUACUCCCCAAGAACUGUAUGCCCAAUUUCCAAAGAAAUUCACACCUGAAAAACAACUGCAAAGGGUUCUGAGUACAAUCACUUCUUAAAAAAUACUUAAAACAUGAACAUAAUGUUGCUGUGUAGUCAUAGCAAAAAAAAUUUCAGCCUAGAGGCAACUGUUGUUGGGAGUUAAAUUCCUUUCUGGCUCUGAUAACCGGUGGCGACUACAAGCCCCAGAGAGAGCCUCUAAACCGAGGAAGGGAGGGAGAAAUGGGUAAGUCUCCUCUACAUGAGGAAAAGGAGGAAGGAGGCCGGGCAAGGCAGCAGCUGGUCCUUUUAAAGGUAGCUGGGAUGGGCAGCAAACACUCUUGUGGUAGAAAUGGCAUUGGGUAGCGUAGAUGGAUAAAGCGAACUCCCUUAAUAUGCUUUGUAAGGAGAAGAGCCCCCAGCCCUAGCUUGGGUGGACUUGACUGGCCGGUCACCAUCUCAAGUUUCUAGCAGUCUCAGUUGCUUGGUUUUGUUGAAAAACGAAAUUGCCACCAGAAGAACAGCUUCUAAAGCUGUGUUCAAACCCCCAAUCAUGAGCAAACAGUCGACACUCUUAGUGAAGGGCAUAUUAUCACACACAGCUAUCCCAGGAAUGCCAUGACCCAUGAACAUAGCUUUAAACUAAGGUUUCCAGAUGUCCCCGUUUCCCAGGGACAGUCCCCAGAUUUACAAAUCAGUCCCCUGACAAAAUCCAUCUAUUUAGUAGGAAGUUGAAAAGUGUCCCUGGAUUCAUUGGGGAAAAAAUCUGGUAAUCCGACUUUAAACUUAACAGUCACAGUUACUGCCAUCUUCCAAGGCAGCCUCGAUGUUUCUCAAUAUUGAAAAACAUCAACCACAAGAAGAAAAGGGGGAGAGCCAUGUUCAAGUGCAUCUACACCCAACAUAUUCCAUGGUAAUUCAGAAACCACCUGUGGUUUAUGUGGUUCCCUUUGAUUACUCAAAGCAAGCCUAGCACAAGCGCAACAACUUCCACCCACCUUCUAGUUAUCACUGGAUAUGCCAGCUUGCAUAUCAAUCCUCUUGCUCUAGCUUUAGUUAUCUGAAUGUCCUGAUGAGUCAUAAGUUGCAAGAGGAUACUCUGUCUUUGAGACACUCUGUCUCCCAAAUAAAAGUUUACUUCUAGGUAAAGGUAAGGUAAAGGAUCCCUGGGCGGUUAAGUCCAGUCAAAGCGGACUAUGGGGUUGCGGCGCUUAUCUUGCUUUAAGGCUAAGGGAGCCUGUGGUCUAAACCAUGGAGCCUCUUGGGCUUGCCGAUCAAAAGGUUGGUGGUUCAAAUCCCCAUGACAGAGUGAGCUCCCGUUGCUCUGCCCCAGCUUCUGUCAACCUAGCAGUUCAAAAGCACACCAGUACAAGUAGAUAAAUAGGUACCAUUACAGCGGGAAGGUAAACAGUGUUUCCGUGCGCUCUGGUUUUGUCACAGUGUUCUGUUGUGCCAGAAGCAGUUUAGUCAUGCUGGCCACAUGACCUGGAAAGCUGUCUGCGGACAAAUGCCGCUCCCUCGGCCAGAAAGCGAGAUGAGCGCCGCAACCCCAUAGUCGCCUUUGACUGGACAUAACUGUCCAGGGGUCCUUUUCCUUUACCUUUGCUUUUCAGACCGAGGGAGCGUUUGUCCACAGACAGCUUUCCGGGUCAUGUGGCCAGCAAAGAGAACAGUUACCUAACUUCUAGACAACAUAAGGAGUCAUUUACAUGCUAAAAGGGUUUUUGCAGCAAGGACACAUCUCUCAGAUACUGUGGCCAUCCAUGCUUUAUGAGCGCUUCCCCUGCUUUAAGAUGGAAAUCUUGUUUUAUUACUUCCUGCAUAGUAGCUUACCCUUCUGGCUGUAUGGCUGCAGUCACUGUCUGGCCCAUGAACUGCACAGAUUCAGGUUUGGACUGAAUCUCACCCCUUUUAAACGUGAUGUUCGUAGUAUGGACUGCCUCCAUAACUUGAUGGAGAAUCUGAUCAUUCCCCUCAGAUGUUUCUGCAGAGCCAAUUCCACAAUUACUAUCUUUGAGUUUGAGUUCAGAGACAAACUGUUCAAUGGUAUCUCAAUGUACUGUAGCUCUGCAUGGUUCCAAAAGGAAUAUACUGUUCAAACACCAUGUUCUUACAAGGAGUGCCAUUUGUCCUAAAUCAUUCAAGGACUUCUGCUGUGUCAUUUAGCCUUUCAUUAGGAAAAAUAUUGUUGUGAGUUUCAGUGAGGGCGGGGCAGGUAGGGGAGUUGUAUACCUGAAUUAGACAGUUCUGGGAUUUCACACACACACACACACACACACACACACACACACACACACACACAUUUUGGAAUAUUCAUUUAAGCAACCUUAAAUCAAUGACUUCCCUUCUUCUCUUUCCCUGGUUCAGUUUGCUUACAAUAAAUCCCUUUUACAUAAGAUAACCAUUCAGUAUUCCAUUAGUACAGAAAUCAAAACUUAUCUACACUGUUGAAUUUAUCUUAAUUCUACCAGCGUUUUUAAGUGGACACAAUUUUCACCCAUAUAUUCAAUAAACAUUUCCCAAUCUUCUUUAAAUGUAUGUAUUUUUGAAGUUUUAUUCUGUUUUUAAUGCUCUGUUGAAAGCUGCUCAGCCUAGACAGGGUAUAAAUAAAUAAAUUCUUCUCUUCUUCUUCUUCUUCUUCUUCUUCUUCUUCUUCUUCUUCUUCUAUGUUAAAUCUGUAAACUGUGCAUAUUCCAUCAGUUUAAGUUGCUAUUCUUCUUUGGUUGGGACUUCGCUCUUUUUCCAUUUGGUCUAACAAAACACGAAGAUUUCUAGCCUGCCUAGACUAAAGUCAGAGCCGCACCGCACAUUUAAAGCACUCUUAUACAACUUUAGUAGUCAUGGCUUCCUAUAAAGAAUCCCGGGAACUGCUGGUGCCUUUAAUAGACUAAGUUGGGGCCACCAACAUUUUUGGCUUACUGGACAUAUCUGUAAUUAUGAGAUAGGGCCAUGGGUGCCAGUCACAAAAUGGCUGCUGAGCUGCAUGUGAUGUUACACAAAAUGGCUGAUAAAGGCAUGGCUUUUUUUCAGCCAGAACUCACUGGAACGGAGUUCCGGCACCUCUUAGGUGGGUGCCCUUCCCCAUUAUAGGAGAACAAUGGAGGCAUUCAUAGUGAGUUUUGGCACCUCUUUUUCUAGAGAAAUAGCACUGGAAAGGUAUAAUAAUAAUAAUAAUAAUAAUUAUUUAUAUUCCGCCCUCCCCAGCCGAAGCCGGGCUCAGGGUGGCUAACAACAAUAAAACAGUACAAACACAAAAUGGCUGCCAUGAGGGGCAUGACAUAACAGAAAAGGCAUUGGCAGGCAACUGGUGCCUCUGAGCACCACAUUGGCAACCCCUGAACUCUGACCAGAAGAGAGUCCAAAUUUUUCCUCUUCUUUUUUGGCAAUGAGAUAUAUACUGUCUCUAAAAAUGGAGAUUUGAAUUCUCUGUGUGUCUUUGUGGAGUGGGCAAGAGCAGGGCUUUCUUCCAGCCAGAACUCACCAGAACUCAGUUCCGGCACCUCUCAGAUGGGUGCCAUUGCCAUUAUAAGAGAGCAAGGGAGGUGUUUGUGGUGAGUUCCAGCACCUCUUUUUCAAGAAAAAUAGCACUGGGGAGGAGGAUCUCACUUGUAAUCAGAAGUCUACUGACCCUUAAGACGGAAGUUCCAUCUAGCUGUCCUGAUAAAUAGAAAUGAAGAGGUAGCAUCACAUAUCAUACCCAGAACAACAAAAAUCAGUAGUAUAGCCACUCCAUCCCUACCUAUGACUUGUACCGAGGUGCAUACAUGUCACACACCAUAAUAAGUCAGAUGCUAUUUUGCAAAACGAGUCUGAAGAUUUGGUGGAUAUAUGCUUGUUGUCUUGAUAAUGAUACUAAUUUUAACAUACUCAGGUAUAAACUGAGUAUAAAUGGCAAGAGAAUGAGGUGAUAUUUGAAAGGUCAAGCUCCGCAAAGUUGCCAAAGAGAAGAAGCAAGUCCCAGUGACUGAUGGCCAUCUCAAAGAACCAGGACUUUGUUUUAAGAAACAAUAUUCCUUGGAAGGAGAAAUGCCACGUUGCAGGACCACAUGGCGUCCUUUUGCCUAGAGACAGAGACACCAAGACAAGGCCAGAGAUGAUUAUCUUUAAUUUGUGUAGCCAUUUGUGUAUUCAAAAGAUAUACAAUACACUGUAUCAGUCUGCUUGUCACAUGGUACGAGACUAAGUGUAAGAACCUCAGGGACAGAUCCAUUUGAGGUUGAAGACCUUUGCACAAGCAGCCCAAAGAUCAGUCUAACAACCCUCUGUGCUAUUAGACUGGGAAUCUAUUUGGGCUGCCUGAACACAAGGGGUUUAUUUCAUUAUUUUUACUGAUCAAAAGGCCAGUGCUACAUGUGCUCAUGCAUCUGCAGUUGUCAUGUGCUCAUGCAUCUGUAGAAGAAGAAGAGGAGUUUGGAUUUGAUAUCCGCUUUAUCACUACCCAAAGGAGUCUCAAAGCGGUUAACAAUCUCCUUUCCCUUCCUCCCCCACAACAAACACUCUGUGAGGUGAGUGAGGCUGAGAGACCUCAGAGAAGUGUGACUAGCUCAAGGUCACCCAGCAGCUGCAUGUGGAGGAGCGGGGACACGAACCCGGUCCCCAGAUUACAAGACUACCGCUCUUAACCACUACACCACACUGUAUACUGAUAUGUCCAGCUAAAUUUUAUUCACACCAGUAGUGCUCUGCAAGCAGUUUUUCUAAAAGAAAGGGUAUAGUGGAGCUACAUCUAUGCCCAUUGACCAAACUGGUGUGUGUGUUUGUGUGUGUGAUGCUCUGCAAACAUCUUUCUUUUGUGAAAGGCACUUGUGGAGCAACUUGCAUGGCCUCAGGUGGUGCAUAGUCCUAUACAGACUUCCAGACUUGCAAGUGGAUUCCAGGCUUGCAAACAUAUAUUUCCCCCCUCGAAGGAAAUAGCAGAAAAAUAAAUGCUAAACUUGUGGUUUAUUCCACUAGUUUUCCAGAAGCUUGCAAAUGCUUGAAUGUAACGUACAAGUUAACAGUUAGCAAAUGGUCAGGGAAAUGGAAUAAAUUGCCUUGGGAAUGCAGUCAUAUACAUAACAACUCUCCUUGGGUACUAUAUCCCCGCAGAACAUGUGUGAACAUGUGGUAUGAUUGAGAGCUCCUGAGUAGAUUCAAUCAAUACUUUAUUUUUCAGAAAUGAUGCCUCGGCCUUGGUUUUCACCUGGAAGAACAUUUCAGGAUCAAAAAGGGGAUUGUCGCACACCAUACCUGGUAUUAUUUUCAAAAUAACAAGUCUCCACUACACUUAUCACAUGAAUUAUUUUUAAUGUAAUUCAUUGCAACUUGUAUGAAUGAGAGAAGGAUAGAUGGAUGUUUGGAAUGAAAAGUCAAUACCUGCAAGGUUGCCAAAGAGGAACAGCAAGUCCUGGUGACUGAUGGCUAUUGCAGAUCACCAGGACUUUCUUUUAAGGAACAAUAUACCUUGGAAGAAGAAAUGUCACAUUGCAGGACCAUUGUGUCCUUUUUGCUAGAGACACGGGGACAAGGAUAGAGAUGGAUCACACUGCCAGAAAAGGGGCACAUAAUCCAAAAGCUCUGCAAUCAACAUAUUCAUCCACCUGACACAUAAUAAGAGACUGAGCAGAGAGUAUAAGAACUCUGGAGACAGACCCGUUUUGGGUCGAAAACCUUUGUAGCAACACCUGAAGGACCUGUCCAUUGACAGCCAUCUAAUCAGACAGAGCAGCAGUCUUUGGUAAAUAUAUAUCCCUACAGAGCAUGUGUGAAUGUGAUAAAUGUUUGAGAGCCCCUAGAUAGAUUGAAUUAAUAAAAAAAUUCUGAAGACUGGUGUACCAUCUGGCCUUGGUGUAUGUGCAUUGCCCCUUUGAUCCCAGGUUGCCCUCAUGACAAUGAUUAAGUGAUAGAAAAUGUAAAGGGGGAGAGCACAGAUGAUCACCUCUGGACACAGUCUUGUUGGAGUCAGGGAGGUCCUAGGAGACUGGACUGAGGAGGAAUGGUGGAGACCGCUCCCCCCUUCUUCUGCCCUUCCAAGAGGAGACAACAUAGAUUUAGAAGAGUGGGAGAACCUGGGAGAUACUGGAUGACAAGCAGGAGGAGGAAAAAGAACUAGGGGAGAGACAGCUGACAGACUCAGUGUCUUUAGGAAGCAUUCCUGAACUCCCCUCUCAGGUCCUGGUGGGCAUUGAGAGUAGGAGAACAGAAAGCUCAGAGGCAGAACACACAGAUUAGCUGAUGUAGGAAUGAUGUAUAAUAGGAGAGACGGAGGGGUGGGACUUAUUUGGAGCAACACCAUUAUCUGAGAGGCGACAUCCUAUGUCUCUGUGAAUAUUGAAUAAAUUAUCUUGGUAAGAACACCUUCUUUUCCCAUUUCUGGCAGCCAGCCAUGAGGGAGGGGGGAUCAGAUUCCCUGAAACCUGACAGGUAGACAUAGUAGACUUGGUCUCUCUGGUUUCCCCUCUGAUCUUGGGUUGCAUUCAGGAUAUACAUAUUAUAGAGAAAAAUACCCCAUUGAGGGACAACCUAGGGCUUUCCCUUUGCUGGGUUUGCUACUGUGUAAUGGGUGAAAUGGCCCUACAAGAUUGCCAGCAUGCACGGUUUUCCUCCUUGUGGCACUACAUUUUAAUAAUAAUAAUAAUAAUAAUAAUAAUAAUAAUAACAAUGCAACAUUUUCCUUCCAGUUUGGAUUAAAAAAACCCUCUCAUACAUCCACACGCUGACAUGAUCUUAGUUUUUCUUCGAAAACAGGACAUAACUAUGUCAACUCAGGUGUUCCCCCCAUAAAUGAAGAUUAAAGAGAUUAAGCAUAGCAGCGUUCAAAUAUCUGAAGGGCUGUCUCAAGAAAGAUAGAGCAGACUUGUUCUCCCUUGCACCAUAGGACAAAGCUAAAUGGGUGGAAAUUUCAGGCGAGUAGAUUUUAGCUGAAGAAUAGGAGACAAUCCACAAAGGUAUGAGUUCUUCGACAAUGGAGCAAAAUGCAUAGGUAUAUAAGCAGAGGCUGGAUUAUUAUCUGCUGGGGACAAUCAGAGAUGGUGUAGAUUCCUGCCCUGAGCAGUUGGUCUUCAAGUUGGUCUUUCCAGAUCUUAACAUUCUGUUAAGUUCAGGUUUUCUUUUCUUUCUUUAAGCUUCUCAGUUCAUGGAAGUUCAAAUAAAGGAGAAAUGUGAUUAUAGGAUAUAAAAUAUUUAUCUCUCCUUCCUUCCUUCCUUCCUUCCUUCCUUCCUUCCUUCCUUCCUUCCCACAUUGGCUGAAUGGCAAAAUUGACAACACACUGCUUGAAUUGACUGUACAUUCCUCUUUUCCAAAAGGUCAGUCAGAAGAUGGGAUUUGUCACCUACUUCAGCCUUUGCCUUCUUGGAAUCCUGGUCUCCAGUCCUGGUGAGCAGUUUAGCAAACACCUGAGAAUUUCCCAGAAAUCUUCACUGAAAAUAAGCAGUCAUGAGAAUUAAAGUACUUAGUGGAUUUUCAAGAGAUGGCAACCAAGCUAAGCCUAUUAGAACACGGAAGCAGGAGAGUUUAAAUUAGACAUAAUUUAUUGGAGUUGGUCAGCGGAAUCCCUGAUCUGGACCUUGUGCAGAAAUAAAUGAGCUUUCCAUCCCAAGAAUUAGUUUCAAAGCUUUGCUGCAGAGCAGUCUGAAAACUAGUGGCAUAUAAAUGUUACAAAGAACAAAAAUACAGUUACACAUUGCACUCAAGUAGCAGCAGUGCAGUUCAGUUUUUUAAAUCCUUUAAUACAGUCCAAUCUCAGAGACAUACUCCAUUAUGCUGGAGGCUCCUUCUCCCAACACGCUGAGCUGGCAAUCUCUCUGCUGGCUUCCCACAACACAAAGAUACUGAGUUUCUCAGGUUUCAACUUCCUGCUGAUGAGGGAUCUACUUGGGUUUCCAGAGAAGAGUGAUCAGGUAAGCCAAACCCUCUUAAAUGGAAAAACACCAGCAUUCCGCUUUCAGCUAGAGUGAAACCUCUUGCUUAAUGCAAACUUCCCUGCUUUGCAAAUGCAAACAUUUACAGACCUUUAAACUUCAAUGCAUACAUUUUAUGCAAAUUAAACUUCUAAUAUUAACAAGAUCUCUAGUCACUGGUUUCUAAAUAACUUGUGCUUUCUAAAUGGAAUCACCAAUGGUAUACGUAAUGUCGCACUCAGAACAACCUGCUUACUGUUUUAAUCCCUUAUUUCCCCUCAUUUCCUUCUCUCUAAAACAGCCAAGGCUACCUGUCCUAAUGGAUGGCUGGAAAAUCAGGGCAACUGCUAUGCAUAUAUUGAAAAGAUGAUGACAUGGGCUGAUGCUGAGGUAAGAGGAGUUUCUCACCAACCAAGGCAUAAUACAAUGAGAAAGGCAAUCAGCAUGGGCAGUCCCAUGACAAUAUCUAGCUGAUACUUUUCAAUUAACAAAAGAGGGCUGACCACAAAAGGAAGGGAACUCAGCUGGUUAGAUGGAGUCUGAUCAUCUGAGUUGCAGAGCUCAAGCAGAAACAAAGCAGACACAGAGGCAGAGCUAGGUGCUCUGGCACCUGGAGCGGCACACAUGCUGUGCACCCGGGGGUGGGGCUAGCCAUGUGCAUCCCAGGGGGCUAGCCAUGCUCAGGGGCUAGCCGCCAACCCGCGACUCUCCCCCGAGCCGUCGGGGGAAGGGGGAGAGCUGUGCCACUUUGCUGGCGGUCUUCCCCCUUCAUAUUGACAGCUCAGGAGUUGGAGGAGGCUUGACACACCGAAUGUCACCCCCCUCAGGAUGACACCUGGGGCGGACCGCCCCCACGUUGCUCUUCUACUGAACAGACAUUCCAAAGCCAAUCCCUCAAGGUCAAGUUUCAUUGUAUAUAUCCAACCAUAUGUUCUCUUUCCCUGAAAUGUUUGUAAAAUUGCAAAUAAAGAUGCUUCUGAAUCUGGGGUUGUACAAAGACAAAUUUAAGGCUCUUCCAGAUGACCUAUCCAUUGGGUAUUCAUCCUGAUUCUCUUGCAGUUUGCAUGAGGGUUGGAUUGCAUAUUUUUCACCCAUUCAUUCUGAUUUGUUUGCAGGGAGAUUAUAGAACACUGAAUAUUCAUCCUGAGUUGCUUGUGGGAGUGUUUAUACUUCUUCCAAAGAUCCCAUAUUUUUCAUUCCACUUCCCCAUCACUUUCCUAGCCACAAUUCUUUUUUGUUUCUUUUUAGAAGUAGAUUUAUUGUGCCACGAUGAUGCUUUAAAGCACUCUAAUUGUGCAAACGUAACAUUUUCUGGUAUGUGCUUAAAUUCCUCCAGCAAAACACUGACAGGCUCAAUAACAUUGUAUCACACAAGUUAGUAUGGGACAGCAUUGCCUUAUAAUAUUCCGGGAAGACCUGUUCAUCUUAAAAAUACACAAGAAAGUCUAAUUCAGAAAAUAUUAAAAACUUCGAUGCAAGGAAAUUGAUCUGACACUGGCAAGCUCCAACUCUGCAAUAAUCUUACUGGUGAGAUAUGAUAAUGGUAGCAAAGCUUCUCUAAUUCCUUUUCCAUUUUUAGGUUGACUGCCAGAGCUAUGGCCGUGGGGUCCAUCUUGCCUCCAUCCUCAAUCAGAAAGAAUGUUCCAUUGUAGCCAAGUACAUCUUAGCACAACAGAAAACACGCACAGAUGUCUGGAUUGGACUCUAUGAUCCUUUGCAAGUGAGCUGCUUUCACAUAGCUUGUUCCUGAUUGUCAUCAGAGAUGGGGCUCUUUAGCAAUGCAAUUAUCUCAACAAUUUCCUAGUCUGAACUCCAUACACAAAUUAUCCUUUAUUUUCUAUGGUGGGAUGGGGGUUCUCCUCAAAUGUCUCUGCCAUAACAAACAGUAAUUUCCAGUUGGUCAAACUCUCCCAUUUUUGUGAUGGGCUACUCUCUUCUUUUGGGACGCGGGUGGCGCUGUGGGUAAAACCUCAGUGCCUAGGGCUUGCUGAUCGUAUGGUCGGCGGUUCGAAUCCCCGUGGUGGGGUGAGCUCCCGUCUUUCGGUUCCAGCUCCUGCCCACCUAGCAGUUCGAAAGCACCUCGAAGUGCAAGUAGAUAAAUAGGUACCGCUUUAUAGCGGGAAGGUAAACGGCGUUUCCGUGUGCUGCGCUGGUGCUGGCUUGCCAGAGCAGCUUCGUCACGCUGGCCACGUGACCCGGAAGUGUCUCCGGACAGCGCUAGCCCCCGGCCUCUUAAGUGAGAUGGGUGCACAACCCUAGAGUUGGACACGACUGGCCCGUACGGGCAGGGGUACCUUUACCUUUACCUUUACUCUCUUCUUUAAUCACACAAUCUCUUCUGUCUCAUUCCUGCAGAACAGGAAGUGGAAGUGGGCUGAUAAUUCUCCCUUCAAUUUCGCAAGCUGGAAUGCAAAUCAGCCAGGCCUGUUUGUUCCAGUUGCAAAUAAGUUUUGUGUAGAGCUGAGGGAACAGAAAGGUAAGCAAGCCAUUUGCAGGAACAGAUAAAAGGUUUUGGAUUCUCCACUACCUCCUGCUUUCUCCAUCAGUUCCAAACUUUUCUUAGGGUUGUUUCUGACUAAAUCAGGGUUUCCCAAACUUGGGUUUGCAGCUGUUUUUGGACUACAACUCCCACCGUCCCUGACGUCCUGCUAGCUAGGGAUGAUGGGAGUUGUAAUCCAACAACAGCUGGAGACCCAAGUUUCGGAAACCCUAGACUAAAUCAUAAUAGAAAUAUGCACAUUAAAAUUAAAAGACAAGCUGGUAGUCACAAAGGCCCAUUGAUUUCGGUGGUUAAUUCUGAAUGCAACUAAGCUGGUGACAACCCUUAGCCAGGUGUUUAUUUGCAGCAAGGAUCACAAGUAGGUUGCACUGUUGACAGAUGAGCAGUUGUCCAGUUGUUCAACAUUUACGAUUACCUCCAAAUACACUAGGAGCUGAAGGCUUCGGCUACAGCCAAUCUGCAUAAUAUAGUGUAGGAUUACUACACAUUUUGAAAGCAUUGGUUGCUAAAGUCUGGGUUACAUUAUAUUUUUUUCUAGUGUAUUCCUUUAAGAAAUUGUUAGGGCCAAAUGUGGGGAAACUGGGGAAAGUCUUAAGUAAAGGGUGCCAAAAUUGUAUAAUCGGGAGCUUCUGAAACUCAGCAUGAUUUCUAUAUUAUUUUUCCUUUACAAAACUAAUUUCAGCCAUGAGGGCUAGAAGCUUUUGCUUUUCAUAAAUGAAAACUGAGAUUCUAAGAAACUUACUUCCUCCAGACCAGGGGUGGGGAAGGUUUCGCCUGGAAGUCUAAUUAGUCCUUCCAGGCCUUGGAGUUUGCCCUGGCCAGGCUCUUUGGUGUAAACCAUGCCUGCUUUUCAUGGGCCUGAUAUCGUAUGUCAGGCAUUGAAGGAAAACUUGGAUUCAAGUUGAGGCUCUGAAGGAAGAAUUAUAAGCAAACCAGUGAUUGGAAACUUCAUUUUUUAAAAGGAACUAGUUCUUGUUCAGUUUCAUUCUUUUGCACAACAAACUAGUUCAGUUCAAGUUCAUCCAAAUCAACUUUGCAGUUCAUAAAUAGUUCACCCUCAGCUAUUUUUUUUAGUGUUCAGAAUGUUAUAAAGUAAAAAGGUAAAUCAGGAGCCACAUACACGAAAUAAGAUGUCUCACAGGCAAAAUGUCAACAGGUUAAACAUUUCCAUACUAGAAAAACCACACAGUAUAAGGCAUGAAACAUAAUUUACUUUGUUCAUUGGUCUGUACUUCUUGCUGAAAGCUGCUCCUGCUGGAAGACAGCAAAUAUCCUCAGCAGGGAAGAUACAGGAAAUGUCUUACACUCCUCCUUUUUGACUGCAUAUCAACUUUGAUUAAUUUACUGGUGUCCUUAGUAACAGCAGCACCUCCUUAGAACAUUGUCUCCACAUUUCACUUUCUAACUUUUUUCCAGAUGUCUGUCUGACUUUUUUUUAAACUGAAAGCUAAGAGACUGAUAGGGUGGGGAAAGGAGGAGUGAACUUGAAGAUAAAUUAGAAAUGUUACAAAAUUCUGCCUCAAAAUGAACUUAAUUAUGGAAAUUCAGGUGCGGGGAUUAUGGGAAUUUAGGUGCAGUUCAGAGAUUUUUGAAAUAAUUCAUUGAACUUUGUUCAAUUGAUCUACCGGUAGUUCAUUCUAAACACUGAAACAAACCAAUUGGGCUCCCAGUUCUUCCAUUGCAGCAAACAUUUGCAGUUUUUGAAUUUGGUGCCUUUUUCUGUUUCCCUGAACAGUGAUAUAAAAAAGGUGCAAUAUUCAAAAAAACGCUGAAUUUAGUUGCAUAUUUAGGAUCAGGAGUACACUUCGAGUUUGAUGUCUGGAGAUCAACAGGUGGGGCACCCACUUCAAGUGACCUACAGAAGGUGGGCCUCCUGGAUGGAUCUGAAUCUUCCUGUUUGCUCUAGACCACAUGGAACAGGUCGUUAAAUAAUGAGCAACAAGAAAUAAUUUGUGCCAUGUCUUUUGAGUUUUAGAUUUUGAGAAGUGGGAUGCUGUUACCUGUAAAGAGAAAAAUGCCUUUGUCUGUAAACAAUCACCCUAAAGAAGAUUGUAGUUCCCUUCGCUGGACUCUAGCCCGCUGGAAAUCUUUCUGAUCUCAGUACCUCCUCUUCCAGUCCUCAAAGUGAAAGAGGGGUUCUCAUUCAUCACUUUAAAAAUGACCAUAACUGAAGAGCUGCCACUUUGGUUCCCCUCUUCUCCACAAAUUUUUCUUGUGCCUAUACCCCACUAUGAACUUAAUAAAUUCUCUUGGAUGCACAUAUUUCCUGGUGUGUUUCUGUCCUUUGCAAUCCACUCAGACUGCUCUAAGAUGAUCAUCCAAGAAAUAUAUAGGAAGUUGGCUUAUACCAAGUCAGACCAUAGGUCCAUCUAACUCAAUAAUAGGCACAUUGAAUGGCAGUGGAUUUCCAGGUUCAUUCAGACAGGGGACAUUCUCUGUCCCACCUGUAGAUGCUGGAGAUUUAUCUUGGAACACCUAAGGUGGACUGCAAGGGUCUCCUUUCAUAAGUGUGAAAGUACAAGAGAACAUUUCACUAGAUGGUGCUUCGAUUGAAGCAACCCUACAUUGCUAGCUGCACCUAUGCAAUUUCCUGUCCUCUGUGGCAUACACACUAUACCACAGACAUUGACAUCUGACACCAAGGUCACUUCAACACCAUACAUUUAAAGCACUCUUUACAUCACAGUUAUAGCUUCGUCCAAAGAAUUCUGGGAAAUGCACUUUGUUAAGGGUGCUGAGUUAUUAGGAGAGUCCUCACAGUGUGGGAUAACCAGUCUUCUAUAGCCACAUUUUUGCAUGGCUAGAUCUAGGAAGAGAUUUAUAUGGAACAGCCCCAAUGUUUUAUCAAACCAAAGUGCAUCUAGUAUGCAAACUUCAGAAGGGGCUUUAUGGAUUAAAAUAUGCUGCUGGAGCAUGGAAUGAGAAACUAUAGAGCAUGCUCAAAGAGCUGGGGUACACACAAGGUCAUGCAGACAUGUGCGUGUAAACCAAGUGCAAAAAAUAAAUAGUUUUCUUACGUUUUGGCAUUUGUGGAUAAUCUAAUGAUUGUAACUGAGAAUAACCAAGACUAUACAGAGGUUGUGGAAUACCUGAGCAAAGAAGUAC